ACCCCCGCGGGUGCCAAUGUCCGGUCGUGAGGGUAUCAGGCUCUUGCAAGUUGCCACCCACUGCCCGGGCCUCGCCCAGCGAUGCAGAAAGCCACCUACUACGACAACGCCGCGGCAGCACUCUUCGGAGGCUACUCCUCGUACCCUGGCAGCAAUGGCUUCGGCUACGAAGGUCCCCCCCAACCCCCCUUUCAGGCCGCCACGCACCUGGAGGGCGACUACCAGCGCUCGGCGUGCUCCUUGCAGUCCCUGGGCAACGCCGCCCCGCAUGCCAAGAGCAAGGAGCUCAACGGCAGCUGCAUGAGGCCCGGCCUGGCCCCCGAGCCCCUGCCCGCCCCGCCCGGCUCACCCCCGCCCAGCGCCGCACCUACCAGUACCACUAGCAACAGCAAUAAUGGGGGCGGGCCCAGCAAAACCGGCACCCCCAAGUGCGUUCCUGGCUCCAACUCCACCCUCACCAAACAGAUAUUCCCCUGGAUGAAAGAGUCAAGGCAAACGUCCAAGCUGAAAAACAGCUCCCCCGGCACAGCGGAGGGCUGCGGCGGCGGCGGAGGCGGCGGCAGUGGUGGCGGCGGGGGCGGCGGCGGGGGAGGGGACAAGAGCCCCCCGGGGUCGGCGGCGUCCAAGCGCGCGCGGACGGCGUACACGAGCGCGCAGCUGGUGGAGCUGGAGAAGGAGUUCCACUUCAACCGCUACCUGUGCCGGCCGCGCCGCGUGGAGAUGGCCAACCUGCUGAACCUCAGCGAGCGGCAGAUCAAGAUCUGGUUCCAGAACCGGCGCAUGAAGUACAAGAAGGACCAGAAGGCCAAGGGCCUGGCCUCGUCGUCCGGGGGCCCCUCCCCUGCCGGCAGCCCCCCGCAACCCAUGCAGUCCACGGCCGGCUUCAUGAACGCCUUACACUCCAUGACCCCCAGCUACGAGAGCCCGUCCCCGCCCGCCUUCGGCAAAGCCCACCAGAAUGCCUACGCGCUGCCCUCCAACUACCAGCCCCCUCUCAAAGGCUGCGGCGCCCCGCAGAAGUACCCCCCGACUCCGGCGGCCGAUUACGAGCCCCACGUCCUCCAAGCCAACGGGGGCGCCUAUGGGACGCCCACCAUGCAGGGCAGCCCCGUGUACGUGGGCGGGGGCGGCUACGCGGAUCCGCUGCCGCCCCCUGCCGGCCCCUCCCUCUACGGCCUCAACCACCUUUCCCACCACCCCUCGGGGAACCUGGACUACAAUGGGGCGCCCCCUAUGGCCCCCAACCAGCACCACGGACCCUGCGAUCCCCACCCUACCUACACAGACCUCUCCUCUCACCAUGCGCCUCCUCCUCAGGGUAGAAUCCAAGAAGCGCCCAAAUUAACACACCUGUGAUCGGA